AUGACUAGCUUGCGCGAAAGGGCGAUACAUGCCAUUCAGAGCUUCAAUGAUUGGCACAUCGAUGCUAUCAUGGCCUGGCGUGCCGAGUCUUGCAUCCAUGAGAUUCUGCCUAAAUCCCUCAAACAACCACCUAUGGAUAACGCCACAUACCGCGCAUACUUCACAACCCAAUUGCCACUAUUCAAGAACUUUCAUGUUACUGUGCACGAAGUUUUCGAGGAUGUAGUCGGCAAGCAAGUUGCGGUAUGGUGCUCUUCAACAGCUGACAGUGUCGUGGGACCGUAUCAGAACGAGUAUGUCAUGAUGCUCUACUUCACCGAUGAUGGUAGCAAAGUUGUGAGGGUCCGCGAAUUCGUCGACAGUGCAUUCAGUAUCAACCACUUUGGGAAAAUGCGAGUGAAACUCGAAGAGAAAAACGGGGUACCGGGAGGUGAUAAGCAAUCACCUAAGGGGAGUCUCUGA